AUGGGCCCCCAGGAAGACAAAUCGCAAGGUGUCCACUCUGCUGUCUCCCGAAUACCACAAGAUUACUGGGACGACUUUGCGAAUGAAGUAAUACACGCCGUUUGGCCUUAUAAGCUGGACAGUGAUGUGGUUGAGCACAUUUAUAAAGUACUUCCACACCUCAUGGAAACGUUUGCCCUUUCUUUAAGUAAGGUCCCGUCCAUCCAUGCCUACACGGAUGUGAUAGAUUUUAUCCACGGGCACCGAUGGGAUAUAGCUUCCACAUUUCGGGAGCGCUGGACCACUUACUCGGAGGAGCAAGCUUACCGUGACCUGGCAGCAAUGACUCUGGAUGAUAUCAUGAUUUUCUGGGAUGAAAGAGAUGUCAAUCUGGAGCCUGAUUCAGCACCACUUGAAGCGGUAAGCAUCGAUCAAAGAGAGCAGGAUGUUAUGCAAUCUGUGGAGGACCACGAAGCUGGAGCGGAUCAGAUGCCUGGGCCCGAGUUGUAUAGGGCAAUUAUCAGAAGGACACCUGCAUACACUUCACUAUUGAACAAUAUUCGUCGAGAGUGCCUUUUCGGUCCCUCUGAGCCAGACAUAAUGGGAGAAAUUCGAAAAACGAUACUGGUAUCGCUACCAGGGUCACCACACACCAGCAGACAAAAGACGGCAAAGAUUUUCGAUGUCAGCUUCAAGAUCCGGUGGGAUCCUCUCAAGUUCUUGUUAGACGAACAAUAUGAAGACAGUCCACAGGAGGCGAUCGGAAAUGUCAUAACGUUGACCGGCUCUGCCAUGUCGGCGCAGGCAAUGACUUGCGCAGAGUACUUACGUCAAGCUUGGCCGUCAACAGGAUCUAGUGUGAUGAAACUGAUGAAAGCCCUUGUGUCUAAAGAGAAGAAGGCCUCCGAUAUCUUACCUGAUGGCACUAAACUCGCCUUUUCAAGCCGUCCAUCCAUAAGCCAGCCAUCAACUUUUGAUAUCUGGGUCGAUGCGCGAGGCACCGCCCCCAUUCUUGCAGAGAUUGGCGAGCAGAUUGCAUGGCUUGCAUCCGCGCUACGGUCGUCUCCAUUCAGUCCAGGCACCGUCGCCUACAACAAGCCCUUCGUCCGUUUCGUGAGGGUUGACCACCAGAGGGGUAAGGAGUGCAUGACGGCCAGAUAUCUAUUUGAUAUUGGCGUUGAAGUGUGUGCUGAACCAGACCGCCCGGAGGUUGGGAUUGGUGAUUGCUGGCAUAAAUUGUUCGGCACACCAGUUGUCGUAGAAGGGUUCCCGAUACGACGGAGGUUGGAAGAGCAUCCUAAAGGCCUUGAAAUUUCCCUGGGAAUGAUGGCAGCACUCACAGGAACGCGCAAGAUCACGAUCUUUGAUGGGAGACUUGUUCUGAAGGGCUUUUCGAUUAUGCUGGUCCCUGCCAAAUGCGGCCAAAAUGCAGUCACUUGGCAUCUUCUGUACCAGAAGGAUGGGGAGCAUAUAUCUUAUCUUGAGAGUGAGCAGCUACCCCUUCUCGAGCUCAAAAUUCAACAACUGGAGAAAGCGCGACAUUUCUUGGGGUGGUGUCCGGCUGCGCGGAUAUAUGCGGGCGAAGCUGAUGCUAGCUAUCACAUCAAGAACUCGAGGCUUCCUCGUCCCUCAGGAGACUGUAUUAUGAGUAAUGCAUCGCUCUCUGCCUCAUAUGGAAUCACUGCGAGUUCAGUUUUUGUGAUUGGUCGUAAGGACGCCCGGCUCCCGCGCAACUCAUACGUUAAGAAGAUAAGAUGGAUUUCGGAGAAAUAUACAAUUCUCUGGGAGAUCACAGAGAAGCGGGGUUGGCUUGUUAAUGGAGCUACUGUCCUGCUUCACCUUGUUCACGCAUCUCUAAGGCAAGACGACCUCGGCGACACAAGCCUAUUGUGUCUAUCUAAUGACGGGACUUCGAAAACAUCUCUUUCGCACCGAUCCGAUUCGGCCUUUAAUGUGCUCUUGAGUCAAUCACGUCUUGGACUGCCGGUCUAUCCGGGAGAUGAUAACCACACUCUCAAAGAUCUUAUAGAGGACUUAUAUGAUUACCUGGAAAGAGCCAUCACUUACCAGGUGAAAGCGAUCGGUCUAGAUGGUAGCACUUAUAACCAGCCGAGGUCAGCAUUGGAUGGUUGGGAUUUCACCGAUUUGGCUCUAGAGCGAGAUCCCAUCUAUCCACGGCGAGCAUUCCUGGAUGAUGAGGGCCGGUCCUGGGUCGACUUCAGUCGUUCCAUACACGCGGUCAUCCUAUUUGGCAGAGGUUUCGGUGAGAUUAUUCGGCCUGCUAACGCAUAUUGCCCUUCAUGGGCAAAACUGCCACAUGGAAAAUCGUAUCUUGGUGCUGCAGUUGCAGACUUGUACAAGAUAAUGGAGCAGCAUGGGGACUAUGAUUCCCGACCAAUGCGACUUUGUCACGACACAUUCUGGUCGGUAACCAUCGAGAAGUUCAGUCAUUGCUCAUGUGGCAUCCAGCCUAACCCUGAAAACCCCAAGCACUCUGAUUUUGUUCAAGUUCUUCUCCCUUCAAUCAUGCGGCACAAUCUACCCAGACAUGCUCCCGUGCGCCCGGAACCUACAGGUGCGGUUAUAUUCGGCCAGAGCAGCAGGGACCAAUGGUACUGGGGCAACUUUGGGCCUCCCGCAAGAACAUCGAAUCUGAUCAGCAAUGACUACCAAACCUACUCUAGUUCUGAAGAUAGUAGAUUUGGGACGAAUAUUGAUUCAACAGCAUCCAAGAACAGUGAAGUUUCAGCACCUGAUUUUUCUCAACGGGAUGUGGAAGAGUGCCUGAAACAGACGUGUACGAUCUCUGGUGAAAGGAAUAACUUCUCCUUGGCGGAGAGGCAAGAGGUUGACACCAGAAAUAGUCGCUUUGCGGACGACUACAAGUUGGGCAUUAUAUGCGCCCUCCACAUUGAGCUCAUGGCAGUACGUGCACUGUUUGACGAAACGCAUGAGAAUCUGCCUAUUUCCAAAAACGAUGACAACUACUACGCGCUGGGAUGCAUGGCGAAGCAUAACGUUGUUGCUGCUUGCCUCCCCUUAGGCACCUACGGUACGAACCCUGCUGCAAUUGUUGCAACCCAUAUGAAGCGCAGUUUCCCAGCCUUGAGAUUCUGCCUUCUGGUUGGUAUAGGAGCUGGUGUGCCUUCCGAGAAGAAUCACAUUCGCUUAGGUGACAUUGUUGUCAGCAAGGCAAGCGGCAAAUAUCCCGGCGUCCUGCCGUACGAUAUGAUUAAAUGCCUCGAAUAUGGAGCAUCUGAGCUGAAUGCUUGCCUGAGUCCUCCUCCAGCUCACCUGAUGGGCCUGAUAAGUGAGCUGGAGUCAGACCCAGGGGGUUCUACUACACUCCAAGAAUAUAUUCAGCAAAUUGAGGAGAGCCAGCCUCAGUAUAAGUACCCCGGCGCCAUCAACGAUAGAUUGUUCGCAUCUUCGUACGUCCAUAGAGGCGGUGACGAAUCCUGUGGCCUGUGCAACCCAUUGUGUGAGGUCCGACGAGCACCACGAUCGUCCGCUUGUCCGACAGUACACUAUGGCUUAAUUGCAUCUGGAAACAAACUCAUCAGAUCGGCCGAAAAGCGUGAUAAAUUAGGCCGUGAGUACAAUGUACUGUGCUUUGAGAUGGAAGGCGCUGGGAUCGUAAACAGCUUCCCCAGUUUAGUCAUCCGGGGGAUCUGUGACUAUGCCGAUUCUCACAAGAACAAAACCUGGCAGAAAUAUGCUGCUGCAGUUGCUGCUGCGUAUGCAAAAUUGCUGCUCUCCCGACUGAGGACGUCAGACAGCGUACCCCAAUCUCCUGAGAUGGGUAGAAGUCGGCAUUGGUCUAAGUGA